AUGGCUUCAAUGGCUUCUUUCGUCCUCUUCCUCCUCUUCCAUCUUCAUUUGGUCACGGCGGCUCUCGGGGUUCAACCGGUGAUUACCGCCGCCUCUAUGGUGAGUCGUGCACCGCCGCCACCGGCCUCUCUAUUGUCCCACUCCUUUUAUCGUCGGACAUGUCCAGAUGCUGAGGGCAUCAUUCAUCGAAAAGUGCAAGCUUGGGUCAACAAGGAUUUCACGUUGGCUGCUGCCCUCAUUCGUUUGCAUUUUCACGAUUGUGCAGUUAGGGGUUGCGAUGCGUCGAUUCUACUGAACUAUCGAAGAAGCGAGAGAAGAGCCUUAGCCAGCAAAACCCUCAGGGGUUUCCGAGUGAUCGACGACAUCAAGGCUGAGCUCGAGAGAAAAUGCCCUAGAACCGUCUCCUGCUCCGACAUUCUCACCGCCGCCGCCAGAGACGCCACCAUUCUCGCCGGAGGUCCCUUCUGGGAGGUUCCAUUUGGCCGUAAAGACGGAAGAAUCACCAUCGCUGCCGAAGCAGAACGUGUCCCUCAGGGCCGGGAAAACGUCACCGCUUUGAUCGACUACUUCCGACACCUAGGGCUCGACGUCCUCGAUUUGGUCGCCCUCUCCGGCGCCCACACCAUCGGCCGAGCCGCCUGCCACACCUUCAAUGAUAGGCUAUACAACUUCAACAGGACCCGAAAACCCGACCCGAAUCUGAAACCUCCAUUUCUGAAUUUACUUCGAAGGCAGUGUAAGAAGGAUAUGGAUCUCGUUUUUCUCGACGCAACGACUCCGAAAAUGUUCGAUACUGCUUACUUCAAGAAUCUUCAGAAGAAAUUAGGGCUUCUUACGACGGAUCAAGCGCUGCAAUCGGAUGAAAGAACUUCUUCGUUUGUUGAUUUGAUGGGAAAUCAACCGUUUCUUUUUGAAAGCCAAUUUUCGGCGUCGAUGGUGAAAUUGGGGAAUGUUGGAGUGCUGGUGAGGAAAAAUGAAGGCGAAAUUCGAGUCAAUUGCAAUUUCAUUAACCGCAGAAGAAAGUGAGUGACUUUGUUUCUUGGCGUUUGCUUUUUUUGGAAAAUAAAAUUAUAUCCUUUUUGUUGGGUAAUGUUUAUUGCGUAUGAAAUUAAGAGUCCUUGGGGUACCACUCCUAAAGGGCUUUGUAGUUAUAUAUUGUUCAUAGUGUGCAAGAUUUGAUUGAAUGGAAUACAUGAUUGUUGUAUCAGAAAA